AUGGAGGUGUUCAUCAACAGCAUUCCGGCGCACUGCACAGAGCGCGACCUGAAGCGUUUUCUGCGCUCUCCUCUCGCCGAAUUCGGCAUCACAGACUUUGUCUGCGAGAAAUUAGGUAGCAAAGCCUGUGCUAAGCUCAUCUUCUCGAACACGGACAAAGGCAAACGCUUUCUAAAGAACUAUGGAAAAUCCGUUGGUCAGCGAGCCCCUUUGUCUCAGCUUAGUAUGAAUGGUCACCGCAUCAAUCUUGCGGAGUCCAGAAACAAACCAGAUGAAUGGCUCCUCCGAAGUCUCAAGUCGAAAGCUGCGCAGCCCGGCGCCAUGAUGCAAAGUCGUCCUGCCACCCAUCGUAACGCAACCUCAAGCUUCGAGAUCUCCCAUCUGCGUUGCGGAGUUUGGUCUUUUGUCGAUGGUGAGCUUACGUUCGUGCAACACUUCAUUGACUCAAGACGUGGAAGGGUCCUGUUCGGCCAUCGUCAAUUAGCUAUUCUGUACAACGAUGCAAGCGGUCAUGAUGAUCAGUCUGCAUCUCGCAUCGACAUCAACUACUUUGACAUUGAUACGGCAACCACCGGAAGCUACAAGGAUCCAACCGUAACUUUCGGUCUGCAAUUAGCUCCCAGGUUCUACCGCAACCCUACAGUCGACAUUGCAGAGCUCAUGGCUCGCGUUGGCUUGUGGGCUGGAGCGGGAGCGAAGUGGCAACCACAGAAACAGCGAGUCACCAGCAUCAAUCGGGCUCAUAGCGAGGUCGUCGGUACCUCCUUUGUGUACCAGAUUCAGCUCGCUGACUACAGACAAUUACAAGAGGUCUCCCACCUCUUGAGGAACAAUCGUCACACCUCAUCGAUGACCAUCAAUCAUUCUACUCCGACUUUGUCUCCAAGCAACAAUCUCACAUCCUCCUUCAAGCGUCUGGACACGAUUCUGGCCACCAUGUACCCCUACAACUCUUUACCGUUUGAUGUCAAGUUUCAAGUGCUCCGCUUGGCUCGGAACGGUGCAUUACCGCCCGACCGAAUCAUUGAGAUUCUCCCUACAAUUGAACUUUUGAAGGCCAACCACGACGGUGCUGCAAUCGUCGAAUCGCUCAAACGCGUGUAUCAGGGCCUCCACGCGCUCAGCCCCCACUCUGAAGCAGAGCUCUAUUCCGUCAACACAAUCACGAACAACUUGCUGGACUAUGCACAGGAGUAUGACAGAUCAAAGUCGCAAAAUCCAUACGAGCUAGUCAAUCGCCAUGCACACAUCGUGCUCGUGCACAAACUUACUGUGACAGUGUCUGGCGUAUAUCUGGAAGGUCCUGAGCCGGAAGUCAGCAACCGCGUACUCAGAGAGUAUCAAGAUCAUUCUGAUCAUUUCAUCCGAGUCACCUUCGUCGAUGAAGAUGGUGAGCCUGUUCACUUCGACAGUCAGUCCGAUCAGACAGCAAUCUACUCCCGCUUCCGCAAGUUUAUGGAGUCAGAAUACUUGGUUGCCGGAAGAGGUUACUCGUUCUUGGGCUUCUCGCAUUCAAGCCUUCGUUCACAAACUUGCUGGUUCAUGGCACCUUUCGUGUACCAAGGAAGAACACUGCGUGCACCAGAGCUUAUCAGAAACCUUGGUGACUUCAGUCAUAUCCGCACUCCCGCCGGCUGCGCCGCACGGAUUGGACAGGCUUUUACCGACACCACCGGUACGGUUCAGGUCGAAGCUGGUGUCCUGGGAAGGCUUCCAGACGUUGAACGCAAUGGUCGCUGUUUUAGCGAUGGAUGCAGUACCAUCUCGCUUGAUCUUCUUCGUCAAGUUUGGCGCGUUUACGGGUCCGGACGUACCGUCAAGCCCGUCAUCCUGCAGAUUCGGUUCGCUGGCUCAAAGGGAGUCGUAUCAUUGGAUUCACGUCUCCACGAGGAACAAUUCAACAUCCGGCCUUCUAUGGAGAAGUUCAUUGGCUCUGGCUCCACUACCCUAGAGGUCUGUGGUGCAGCAUGGCGACCCUAUCCCAUGGUCCUCAACCGCCAAUUCAUCAAGAUCCUGGAAGAUCUCAAUGUACCUCUGCACUCUUUCAUGAUGCUACAGAACAAGGCAAUCGAGAAGUUGAGAUCGAUGACCACAAACACUUUCAACGCAUCUUUCCUUCUCAACGACACGCAAACGAGCAAAGCCGCAAGGCUUCCCGGCCUCCUCGAGAUAUUGGCUGACAUUGGCCUCGAUUAUCGUAAGGACACUUUCCUCCGGGGAGUCGUUGAGAUGGCUGUGAUUUCUAAGCUACGUGACAUCAAAUACAAAGGACGCAUCCCUGUGCAGAAUGGUAUUACGCUCUACGGCAUCAUGGACGAGACAGGAUUUCUUCGAGAAGGUCAGAUCUAUGUCGCGACUCAGAGCGCCCUCGACGAGCCCAGAAAGGUCCUCACGGGAGGCAAAGUCAUCAUCACGCGCUCGCCUGCACUACACCCUGGUGAUAUCAGAGUCGUUGAAGCUAUCGACGUACCCGAAGGCUCUCCUCUCGAGCAUCUGCGCAACUGUGUCGUCUUCAGUCAGCAUGGCCAGCGCGAUCUACCCAGUCAGCUCAGUGGUGGUGAUCUUGAUGGUGACCUGUACAACGUCAUCUUCGAGCCCUCGUUAAUGCCUCAAAGAGAGAUUGCCCCACCUGCCGACUAUGCCCGUGUCCCCGGUCGCGAACUUGACCGCGAAGUCACUAUCCAGGAUAUGAGCAACUUCUUUGUCGAGUUCAUGGAAACUGAUCAGCUUGGUCAGAUCUGUACCCGUCAUCUCCAGCUCGCAGACCAGAAAGAAGCUGGUGUUUUUGAUAAUGACUGCGUUCAGCUCGCAAGUAUGGCAUCGACUGCUGUCGACUUUUCCAAGACCGGCAUAUCAGUGAGUAUGAUCAACGCACCACGCGCCCAUCGUGCCAAACCUGAUUUCAUGGCUCCAAGCCCCCGAGUCAUCGUGGAAUCUGGUGGAUUCGCAAGUUUCGAAGAUGCAGUUGAGAAUGAUGAAGAUCAGGAGGAUGACCCCUUCGGCGACCUGGAUGGUGUUCGGCCCAUGCGCUACUACCGUAGUAACAAGGCACUUGGUCACCUAUACCGUGCCAUUGACGAGCACCAAUUCUUGAAGAAUAUGCAGGAUGCUACAAAACUCAUCCUUGACCAUGAGGAUAAUCUUCUUUCAACUCUCUGGACCUAUGUUCAUCAGCACACCGAGAUUAUCCAGUGGAGUCAUCACCUAGAUCUUGCCAGACAGAUCAGAGAUGGAUACGAGCAAGCCCUAUUGCAGUCCCUCUACCAGUUCGCCUCUUCCCCUCGUCACCCUUUGACUGAGACCGAAAUCUUCUCUGGCACUAUCCUCGGCCGCGACGGCAGCAAGCAAUCCAAGCGCCUCCGCGAAGCGACUCGAGCCAUGCGCCAACAGCUCGAAGAUGUCCUCACAUUCACAAUCUCUCGCAUCAUUGAUGGUGACUACGAUGACAAUGACCGUAACGAAGAAGCUCUUCCCAGAGCCAUCGCAUGUCUUGCUGUGGGCACGGACGAACCUGCGCUGGGCGACAAGAAGGUGGGAAAGUUGCAGAGCUGGAAGUACAUUGCUGCUGGUGUUUGCUUGAGAGAGAUCAAGAGGUGGUAUGCUAUCGAUAUGGGAAGACACGCAUUGCCUCGUGCUCGUGGCUCCUAA